AUGGCAUCAGCUACCUAUGAUGGCAUUCUGUAUAAAAGAGUGUCUCCACCACCCGAUGGCGAUGAUCCUCUUGAGUGGCUAUUACAAAACGCAAUAUCUGACUGUCAUGACAUCGACAUCCAACACUCCAAAAAACAACUUGGCAACAAAGAGGGUCUCGCUCUGUUGGAUAUGCAGAAGGAAAGCAUGGAAAAAGUACUGCAUGAGCUGUCAGAGAUCAGAGGUCAAAUCGAAACACUUCAGAAACAAAGUGUGAUGCUGGGACAGCAAAAUACAGUACUUGUGGAGCAAAAUACAGUACUUAAAAAGGAUACAGCGGCUCUCAAAGACAAUCUUUCAACCUCAACAAAGGUUCAUAUCGGGAUCCGCCAUGGGGUUCUGGAAGAGCGACGGGUCCUGGAAGAGAGACGAGUGUCCAAUCGGGCGGGAAUCCGCAAGGACAGGAAAACCAAACGUAUUCGAAAUGAGAUUGCACACGGUGGUGAUAUCAUUGGCGAUAUCAAGACAAUCCAAUAUGCUGAAGAACAGAAAUUGCCACAUGUUGCCAAAUAUAAGCAAGGCUUUCAGCAGGCCUAUAUGAUAUCAUUCGACAAAGCCCUGGCCCAAAUCCCCUCAUAUCCCCCCGAAGCUAUCCGAGCAUUCGACAUCUUGGCCUCAGUUAGUGAACUUGACAUCUGGAAGGGUAGGGGGAAACGAAAAUGCCGACCAAAGAUUAAAAAGCAUGCCACCAAGAUUAUUGAUGCAGCAUUGAACACCAAGGAAGACCAGCUACAAGCACGUCUUGGAAAUGGAGGGGACUUGCGGGUGGCUUUUGAUGAGAUGGUUAGGUUGUUUACAGCUGGAAGAUAG